UAUUCAUUACAUUUCAUUCGAUAAAUAAUUAAAUUUAUUAAAACGAAUUUAUUUGCACUAUUUUUUUUUUUUUAUUUGAAAACAAUCGCGAACGCGUAGCAAUGGAGGAUGGAACGCUAGUCUUGCACAAAAAAAACCGGGAGUCGGUGAAACAAGUCGAAAUGGAAAGCUCAACCUUACCACGGAAAGGCUCAGUCCAUUUGGCUGCAGUAAGAAGUGCAACCACACAGCCGUCCACACUACCAAGUGAAGUACAUUCAAGUAUUUUGAAAACACUAACAGACGACAACAUUCCCGAGUCAGAGCUAUUCAACACAUUUUACGAUGAUGCGUACGAGAGCGAUUACUCAAGUAAUGUGACGAAUGCAUCUAAAGAAUCAUUUGUGGCCUUUGACCUGUUGAACUCCGAUUUUCUGCACUUUUUUGAGUCUUUGCCGGAUAUUGAUGAAAUAUCCGAAGAUAUUGACUCACUAUCACGUUCCGCACGCACUACAAUGGAUACUACUGUGGAAGAUACUGAUGUGGGGGUGUUUGUUGAUCCACUUACUGGACAAGUCUUGACUGAGAAGAGUUCAACUCCACUACGGCCAGAAUCUGAAGUAGCUGUUAUUGCGGACGAAGAAGAGGAAGGUGAAGAAGAGCAGCUGACAGAGGAAUUGCAAAUGGCAUCAUCAAUCUCUGAAGACAGCGAAAUGCUCGUAUUAGUAGAGAACGAAGAACUUGAAAGUAAGGAGAGAACUAGUAAAAUCAGAUUUCAGACCACAGACGAUUUGGAGAAUUUUUUAAAAAAAGAAAUAGUGACUGUAAGUGAGAGACAACCGUCAAUUCUCGACUGGGAACGACUCGAACGUGAAAAAUUGUACAAGCAAUUGAAGUAUGAAGCGGAAAUUUUUUUGGAUUCUAUUAUAAAGGAAGUAGUAAAACAGGUGGAGACUCGACCUCCAGCUGAGUUUUUACGCAACAAUUUAGACAAGCGGGCAUGCAUGAAUGAAAUCUUGAAAAAUGUGGAUCAACUUCAAAUCGAGAGAACAGUGAAAAAUUAUCUUAAUCGUAAAGCUGCCGAGUACUACAGGAAAAAAGGAUUGUAUUUUCCCAUAACCGACGAACUACCGGAGGAGGCCGAGAAAUACAAGGAAAAGCUGAAGAAUGCUACAAGUCAAUUGGAUAGAGCACUUUCGCUGGAAAAUGGGAUAUUGGCCAGAUCAGAAGUCUUAAGAUACAAAUCGCAAACGAAGUUUGAAGAAUUGCAGAAAAUGGUUAAGGAGAAGGAGUUGGAAUUAAGGUCGUUAGUGCAGAAAACACUUGUAAAAGAUAGCAAAAGCAAAUUCGACACGACCAUUUCCGAACUCCUCGAUCAGAUUUCCGCAUCGCAUGAUGAAGUGUGUGACGUGUAUCUCAAGCUUAUUCAAGUACAGCACACGAAAGCCGACCUACAAAAGAAGCACGACUACAUCGAAUACAGCUUGGGUAUGCAGCGCUUUGUAGCAUUGCAAACAGAAACAAAGGACUUGCAAAAAAAAGUCGAAGAUCGCAAUGUCGAAUUGAGAGAGGCACGCGGACGUUGUAACCGAGACAUUCACACAUUUUCGAAUAUGAAAGUGAAAACGGAUAUUGUAAAAGUGACAAACCGGAUGAGAAAGCGGGCUCUUGCCAAUUUAACACGCUACAAGCAUGAGAUCCGUGAAAAAUUGGUUACUUUAAAAGAACAACGUCUACUCUUACAAAAGGAGAAACGUGAGCUCACCUUCCAAAGCGGAUUGUUGAGCAAGCCAAUGUUACUGAGGGAUUAUGAUGCGACUGUUGAAAAAGCGAAUGCGACAAUGAAUAAUGUAGAAGCUUUGCGCAAACAGCAGAAGGAUUUAUUGGAGAAGAUAGCCAAAUUGGAAACGAACUGUAACAAAGAAAAUUAAUUAUCGAAAAUGAAUAAAAUAUUAUUAUUAUGCAAAAACAUUUAUGAAACACAA